GAUAAUAAUGUUGGAAAGUGCAUCCAGAUUUCUUGAUGCACCGUGACAGUUGUUGGUUUGACGUAAAUCAAGACGCAUCAAAAAUGAAAAAGCAAAAUCGUUCUUUAGUGAUCAUCAUUUCUAUAGUUAUAUAUACUAUUCUUCAUUCAGGGGAUGCAUUGCAAUGUUAUAUAUGUAACUCACGAGAAGAUCCUAAUUGCAAGGACGGACCAUAUACAAAUAUAAAGUUGCAAGACUGUGAGACUUUAACAACUAUACCGACAUCUCCAACCACUCCGGAAACAACUCCGGCUCAGACAUCCCCAACCACGUCGGAAACAACUCCAGUUCAGACCACGCCAGAAACAACUCCGGUUCAGACAUCUCCGACCACGUCGGAAACAACCCCGGUUCAGACAACUCCGACUACGCCAGAAACAACCACGGUUCAGACAACUCCGACCACGCCGGAAACGACCCCGACUCAGACAUCUCUGACCACGUCGGAAACAACCCCGGUUCAGACAACUCCGACUACGCCAGAAACAACCACGGUUCAGACAACUCCGACCACGCCGGAAACGACCCCGACUCAGACAUCUCCGACCACGUCGGAAACAACCCCGGUUCAGACAACUCCGACUACGCCAGAAACAACCACGGUUCAGACAACUCCGACCACGCUGGAAACGACCCCGACUCAGACAUCUCCGACCACGUCGGAAACAACCCCGGUUCAGACAACUCCGACUACGCCAGAAACAACCACGGUUCAGACAACUCCGACCACGCCGGAAACGACUCCGACUCAGACAUCUCCGACCACGUCGGAAACAACCCCGGUUCAGACAACUCCGACUACGCCAGAAACAACACCGGUUCAGACAACUCCGAUCACGCCGGAAACGACCCCGACUCAGACAUCUCCGACCACGCCGGAAACAACCCCAGUACAAACAACUCCGACCACGCCGGAAACGACCCCGACUCAGACAUCUCCGACCACUCUGGAAACAACCCCGACUCAGACAUCUCCGACCACGUCGGAAACAACUCCGGUUCAAACAACUCCGACCACGCCGGAAACGACCCCGACUCAGACAACUCCGACCACGCCGGAAACGACCCCGACUCAGACAUCUCCGACCACGCCGGAAACAACCCCAGUACAAACAACUCCGACCACGCCGGAAACGACCCCGACUCAGACAACUCCGACCACGCCGGAAACGACCCCGACUCAGACAUCUCCGACCACGCCGGAAACAACCCCGGUACAAACAACUCCGACCACGCCGGAAACGACCCCGACUCAGACAACUCCGACCACGCCGGAAACGACCCCGACUCAGACAUCUCCGACCACGCCGGAAACAACCCCGGUACAAACAACUCCGACCACGCCGGAAACGACCCCGACUCAGACAACUCCGACCACGCCGGAAACGACCCCGACUCAGACAUCUCCGACCACGCCGGAAACAACCCCAGUACAAACAACUCCGACCACGCCGGAAACGACCCCGACUCAGACAACUCCGAUCACGCCGGAAACGACCCCGACUCAGACAUCUCCGACCACGCCGGAAACAACCCCAGUACAAACAACUCCGACCACGCCGGAAACGACCCCGACUCAGACAUCUCCGACCACUCUGGAAACAACCCAAAAAAUAUAUACAGACCCGUACGAGAAAGAAAUGUUAAAUAAAAAACUGGAAACUGAUGCAAAAGAUCACUAUAGAUUACGUAGAAGUAUGUUUCAACACAGAAGCUCUUAUGUUCAAAUAAACGCGUUUAAGGAAGAAAAAUGGAAUUGUGCCGUAAUUGAACGUGAAAACAACAAUACUAAGGUCAUCGAACGUGGAUGCGUUUCUGCCUCCUAUGAAUGUUCUGGAGAGAACUGUAAAAUUAAGAAAAAAUGCGAUACAGAUCUUUGUAAUAGUGCUAACGCAAUUUCAAUGAAUAAGGUAACUUUGUCGUGGCUGGUGCUUUCAUGGGUGACUGUAUUUAUUCUUGCAGAUUCUUAUUAAUUCUUAAGCAUUACAUUAAAACACGUUAUUUAUAAAAUAAUGUAUAUCUUAAUUUUUAUAAUAUCUUUUAUAUAAUAUGUAUAUAUAUAAUUUUAUUCAAUAAUUUUAUAAUAAAUUAUCUUUUGGCUUUAGAAAAUUUGAGACUAUUUUUCAUUAAAUAAAGUUUUACAAAUAAAAAAUACAAAUUUUGUUAAGAUUAUAUAUUUAUACAAAAAUUUACAAUAACAAUAUGACUGUCUUGAUUUGUAAAACUGAAAUUAAUUAGAUAUCAUUCAUAACAUUAAAUAAAACAUAUCAAUACAUUA